AUGCUGGGGCAUAUCCUCAAGGAGCGGCGGCUGGCGAUCAGAGGCAAGAGCGGUAUUCAGAUUGCCGUUCGGGUAUGGGGGGAAGACCCGAGGACGAUAACAAACCCAGCAGAAAGAUGGAUUGCAGUCCAUGGAUGGCUGGACAACGCUGGGUCCUUCGAUUUCUUGGCGCCGCUGCUGCUGAAGCGAGGAGCGAAGUCGAUCGCAUGCAUCGACCUGGCAGGCCAUGGGCAGUCGGACUGGAGGUCGACGGGUACAUACCAUGUGGUCGACAAUGUCGCGGACGUGAUCUAUACCGCCGACGCUCUUGAGUGGAAACAGUUUUCCCUGAUCGGCCAUUCCCUGGGCGGAUGUAUCUCCCAGACUAUAGCAGCAGCUAUGCCUGACCGCGUUCUCCGACUAGUAUCCAUAGAAGCGAUGGGAUUCUGGGCUCAGGAAGCUGCCAUGACGAUGGUAGAGAGAGGAACGAGAAAAAGCGACUGCGAUAUGGGUUACAUCUGGGUGGAUGAGAUUGUGGCAAGAUCAAUCCUCAGCCAUAUCGAAUGUCCUCAACUGAUCAUAGUCUGUCGGGAUGGGAUUUGGAAAGAUGCUGCCCCGUUUGGAUUGACGCUCUUCUCUGUAAACUCUUGUCUUGCUUACCAAGUGUUGUGUGCGGAGAUCUCGAAAGAAGCUGGAGUGAUAGGAAAGAUCCGAUUCGUCUACAUGAUGCUGUUUCGAAGGUGGCUCGUGUGCAGGACUUCCAAGUUCGUGCACAUGAACUCUGGUGGCCAUCACCCGCAUCUUAUGGAGCCCGAGGAGGUAGCGGGGCACAUCGGAGACUGGCUGGGAAAGGAAGGAGGAGAUAAGAGGCUGAAGAUCAAACAAGAGUGA